AUGGGAAAAUCUGAAACAUCUACACAAAGAAAGAGAAGGCUAGAGAAAAAUAAAUUAAAACGGCAACAAAAACUUGCCAAUGAAAGUGAUGAAGAGAAACGCCAACGAUUGAGCAAAAGGCGUAAGCAGGACAAAAACAAAAUACUUACUCAACGGCAGUUAAAACUUGAUAAGGCCAAGGAACGCAUGCAACGGUUAAGAGCAUCAGAAACAAAGAAAGAACACGAUGCACGUAUUGCUAAAAAUCGGCAACAUACAUACGAGGUUCGAGCUACAGAAUCAGUUGAACAACGUGAGAUUCGAUUAAGAUCUUUACGAGAGUAUGACUCUCGAAUAAGAGCAAAUGAAACUCCUUAUCAGCGAGAGGAUCGCUUAAGCGCUUUACGUGAGCAUAGCGCUCAAGUUAGAGCAUGCGAAACUCCUGAUCAGCGAGAGGAUCGCUUAAGCGCUUUACGUGAGCAUAGCGCUCAAGUUAGAGCAUGCGAAACUCCUGAUCAGCGAGAGGAUCGCUUAAGCGCUUUACGUGAGCAUAGCGCUCAAGUUAGAGCAUGCGAAACUCCUGAUCAGCGAGAGGAUCGCUUAAGCGCUUUACGUGAGCAUAGCGCUCAAGUUAGAGCAUGCGAAACUCCUGAUCAGCGAGAGGAUCGCUUAAGCGCUUUACCGCCUGUUAGAGCAUGCGAAACUCCUGAUCAGCGAGAGGAUCGCUUAAGCGCUUUACGUGAGCAUAGCGCUGCUAGAGCAUGCGAAACUCCUGAUCAGCGAGAGGAUCGCUUAAGCGCUUUACGUGAGUAUAGCGCUCAAGUUAGAGCAUGCGAAACUCCUGAUCAGCGAGAGGAUCGCUUAAGCGCUUUACGUGAGCAUAGCGCUCAAGUUAGAGCAUGCGAAACUCCUUAUCAGCGAGAGGUUCGUUUGACGGCUUUACGAGAGCAUAGCUCUCAAGUACGAACAUCAGAAAAGGCACAAAUAGAAACUUUUAACAAAACUAUAAAUAUAUUCUGUGAUCGGGUGUGCGAGAUUUGUACUAAAAGGUGUUAUCCAAAUCAAGUCACAAAUUGUAAUGUAAAUGUAAGUGCCUCUUCGUACUUACCUGCAGAAUUGACAAAUAAAGGAACGAUAUUGCUGUGUCAUCGUUGUAAAAACCACCUAACAAGCAAAAAAAAAACAUGCGGCCCAGCUAAAGCUUACUGGAAUAAUUUAGACCCUGGUGAAGUGCCUGAUAUAAUUAAGCAACUAACUCAACCCGAACAGCGCUUAUUAUCAAGAAUUAUACCAUUUGUUAAAAUUGUUAAAUAUGAUGGUCUAUUUGGGCAAUAUGGGUUUAGGGGGCAGGCUGUAUUAUUUGCACAAGACAUAUUUGAAGUUACUGAAACACUGCCUAACAUUUUACCUAGAUCUACUGACGGGAUAGGCAUGGUUGUCAUUACAGAACAUUUAGAAAAUUUAAAUGUAUCACGAGAGUAUAAUAUAUCCCGUUCACGUGUAUACGAAGCUUUGAGGUGGCUCAUAAAUAAUAAUCCCCUAUAUCAUGACGUUAUAAUAGAUAACAGUGCACAAAUAUUACAAGAAGAUCUGUUACGAGUAACUCAACAUAAUUGUGAUGAAAAUGCUCAAAAUAAUCAAGAAUUGUUGGAGCCUGUGUCUGAUAUGGCAGAAACAACCAACGCUAAUAAUGCUUACACCAUGAUUACGGAUUCAAUGCGUAUUCUACGAGCUUCUUGGAAUCAAGAUAACAAGCAAGUUUUCAAUGCAAAUUAUACAGGCCGCCAAUGCUUUGCUAUGGUUUUGGCAAAUAUUACAAGAGCAGCCAUACUCAUGCCUCAUUUAUGGACCAACAAUAUACUUAAUACAAAUAUGCUCGAGGGUGACGCAUUAUACGCCAAAAUCAAACAGCUAUCAGUAGAUAACCCUCUCGUACCUUCUAUUGAUGCGACAGGCUAUUUAGAAAUACGCCACUUUAGAGUCAUAAAGGAGAGUUUUAUGAUGUUUGGGCGUUUUUUUAAAAUAGAAUUUGACGAGGAAACUGAUUUAGUCGGAUGUUUGCGAGAUUCAGUAAACAGAAGUCAAGAUUUUGGUUUAACCUUAAAAGAAGCUUUGGCAACAAUGUUUACGAGCCACAAAGCCGGAGUUCUAAUUGCCUCAAGUAAAUCGCUGGGAGUUAUGUACUACAACAACUACUCUACUACUACUCUUUAA